GGAUAUACAUAGUGAUAGCCGUAACUGAUAACUUUAGGAUCCAAUUGUCCAAUUGUCUAUUACCAAAACACAGACGAGCAUCGCGUAUACACACAAGAAAGAGCGCUUUUGGCCAAACAGAAGCCAACGAAUUUUUUGUUAAAGCGAAUGAAAUAAGUUUCAACGGCAUACGUACAUAAAAUAUAAAAAUAUCUUUCGCACUACUUUGGCCGGAAAAUACCAUUUUUGUUGUUGUUUGAAUCAAUAAAACUGUGUGUGUGCAUGCACGCCCGCAUCUAACGCGCAGCCUCCGUCCACCAGCCACCAGCCCAAAAUCUGCAGUAGACGCCCCAUUCCGCAUUGCAUCUGGAACCCACCCGUCCGUAUUCCGUUUUGUUUAAUAUUAUUGCGGAGAAGCACCAAAAACAGAACAGCACGAGGCCACAUUUCACAUUUGUAGGCCAGAGUAAUCAGGAGAAGCAACAGCAACAGCACCAGCAACAGCUACAGCUACAGAAUGGCGGACUUCCGUUUCGAUAUUAGGCCAUUGUUUCCUGAGCCGAUUGUCAGGGUGACCUCGAACCUCCUGCCGCACACUUUUCGCGGCGAUCGGCGUCAGUGCCUAGACGCCACCUCGAAGAUGUCGGAGAUAAUCGACCGUCUGGGAGAGCUGUCGGCCACGUCGCAGGGCCUGUCUAAGCCGGUGACCACGGCCCAGCGUCUGCGGAUGUCCGAGAACCAGACCAUCUAUCUGCUGGCUGAUACCGAGGCAGGACACAAUGGAGCUGUGACUGGGCUGCUCAAGGUGGGGAACAAGGAUCUGUAUCUGUUCGACGAGGCCGGUCAGACGCGCAAGGUGGAGCGGGCACCAUCCAUUCUGGACUUCUAUGUGCACGAGUCCCGCCAGCGUACUGGUCUGGGCAAGCGUCUGUUCGAGACCAUGCUGAGGGAGGAGAACUGGACCCCGUUGAAGUGCUCGGUGGACAGGCCGUCGGAGAAACUGCUGGCCUUCUUCGGAAAGCACUACGGCCUGGUGCGCACCAUUCCGCAGUCCAAUAACUUUGUUCUAUAUGAGGGAUACUUUAAUGAAGCCAACUCCUCGAGUGGCCAUGCCCACGCCCAGUCUUCGCAGGAGGCCAAAAACGAACUGCACAUUACAAACAGUCCUAACACACAACUCUUUGGUGCUACUUACUUGGGCGAGGAAGUCAACCACAGGCGACACGGCUCCCAGCAGCAGAAGCAGACCCCGAAUGUGCUGCUGCAGCAAAUAACACAGAUCUCACCAAACGGACGGUAUGGCGCCAGGCACCCCACCUGCACCAUGGCAGAGAUAAUUUCUGGAAUCUCGAAGGUCAGCACCAAAGGCGCAGGUGGCACCGGCAGUGGAGAGUCGAGCAGCGGCGGCCAUGCCGAUGGCAACAACAUCGCAGAGGAGAUGACCGCCCAAAUGGACUUGCAUCACCUGGAGGACCAGCAGCAGGCACACGGGCACAUGAACACCAAACGUAUGGACCUGCAGGAAGUCGCCGACCAGGAGGAGGCACACUUCAUUCGGUACGGGCUGCCACCACAGAUCGAUUCACAGCCCGAGUUCGAACCAGAGCCGGAGCCAUUAACACCACCAUCACCGCCGGAGGUGGCCGAGAGCAUCAUCGGGGAGAACCGUAGGCCUGCGGGAUUCCAUCUCAGCAAGCAGCACACUGGAAUGAAGAAUCGCUCCUCUGGCGUGGGCAUGGCUGUGAUGCCCACCAGCAAGAUGGAGUUCAACCAGGAGGAGCGCGAGGACUUCGGCGUGGUCAAGAUAAAUCGUCCGCCGGGACACAAUGGCCACUCGCUGGGCCACGACAACACAGACGCCGUGUCCACGGUGUCCUCCGGCAACGGCGGUCACCUCACCAACGAGGGCUACAACGAUCUUAAGUUCUAUCACAACAGAUUGUGGUAAGGGAAGGAAGACGGCCCCCCUCUUGGAUCUUUUGUACGUGGCAUAUUAAGCAUAAUCAAGCAGAUUUAACCAACAAUUUAGAGAGUUAGCAUGUACUACUUAACCAGGCCUAGGCAAAACACAACCUACUACACAAACCACAACUAGACGGUUCCUGUACUUCAGUUCGAUCAUUUUGUUGUGAGCUUCUUCAAUGUUUUGUUGAAUCGUUCAUUUGUUACAAGCCUCGCACCCGGAACAGCAACGUAUCCGUUUCCGUAUCCGUAAUUUAUAGCGUCACAAUACAAUGUUAACAAUAGCGAAAUGUAUGUAGAAUAAUUUCCGUCAGCACUAAUUUAGAAAAUAAUUAUUUUUUUUUUUUUAACUCUCGAUUUAUAGUAGCAGUGAUGUAUACUGAACCAUAUUUUACGGCUAUAAUCUCAAUUGGGGUCCAGUCACAUAAUUCAACCCAAUGUGUGUAUCUUCCAAUUGCAGCAAACGUGAAUAUUACGAGCAA